GAAAUACAGUACUGGCAGUCAACACCCACCAGCACUUUCUAUCCUCAAAAACUUGCAAUUAUUGUGAGUCGCACCAGUUUAUUUAGCUUUCCGAAAGACUUUGGGUGCUGGUCUGGACGAUCGUGUCGUGGGUGGGUCGUAGUAUUCAGAAUAGAUCGCGAUUAUUUCUUCACGAGCAAGCUGUCAUCGUUUCAGUUAUGGUGCCUUCUUCUACUACCAAGAAGAAAUCCGUUGCUACGAAACGCAACAAGAAUUUCAAGUCUACUACAUCGUUGACAUCUAAAGCAAAAUCAAAAAGGGUGACGAAGGCGAAACAAGGCAACGCGUCGUCUUCCUCCCUGUUGUCUAAUCGAAAGCAAAAACCAUCCCUGGCUGCAACAAAAGCGGCAACAAAACCCACAGUGCUCACCCCAAACUGGCCCGUAACGUCGCAAGCCCCGAGAUUUCCUGCGGAAGCAUCCGCCCUACGACCCGGUUCGUUGCUACGAAACAACUGCAGUGGAUCGGACAUUCAGCUGGCACGGUCGGCAUGUGCACCAGUGAAUUUCGAGAAGGGAAAGGGAAAGUUUUUGUUAGUCUUUCCGGGAAACUUCUCCUUCGGGGGAAGCAAACCGAAUGACGAAGCCAACCGAGACAAUCCACAACCAAGCGGGGCUUUGGUUGCUACCGCGUUGGGCGAAGACGACAGUGACAAGAGCUGUCACGCCGGGGACCAAGGGCAUCCCACCCCAGCGAAAACAACCGCGAAAAAGGCAGGUUUACCGAGCAACGGCACCGUCACCGCCACUCCAACUAUGGGGCGGAUCGAAGGACUGAGAACGAGUACGCCCUCAUUCCGGAUCCCGUUUCCGCAUCUCAAAAAGAGCCUCGUCUUUCCGGGUAAAAACAUUCCAACGACCUCGAAAUAUCUUUCCCUCUCAUGUUCCAAUAAGAAAAAGGGCACGGUACAAUGCAAGGUAUGUUGAUUGCAUCGAUAGUGGCGUUUAUUUUGUUGUGUUCAAGUCUUUGCAUUGCGGAUCCUCGUAGGUUUGCGCGUGCGUGUAUAAAUCCGACCGUGAUGUUCUAGCUUUUGAUUCCUCACUGACCUUUUCUUGAAUGCGAUCUUGCAAUAGAAUAUAUUUUCGUCCGCAAUCGUCUUUGGGAUUCCGAAGUGGGAGUCAUCAUUAGUAACAGAAAAAGAAAUCUCGAUUUCAUAUCCAAGUGCCUCACUUUCGGCUUCGGUCAAUGAUAGCAACGGCGAGAGUGAUGAAAAGAAGAACGAUUCUGAAACUCUUCCCAACUUCUCACACUAUGGUGGGUCAGAACGAACCAUCGACGGUGCAGCUAGAAGUAGGAGCAAUGUCACUAAAAAAAACAAAAAUACGAGCAGAAGCGAUAGCCAGAUGAAUAGGAUUCCAAUUUGGUCGAAUCAUCGCGACAUCGACGACAACAGCAACAACAAGCAACAUUCUGCCUUUGAUUUUUCACGUAUGCCAAAAUCCGAAGUAAAGGCUCCACUUCCCAAAAGUAAACGAGAGACGACUAAAUAUCACGAUUCCUCUUCCGGCAACGAUGACAAUGACGAUUCGAGCAAUGGUACGAUAGACGAUGACGAUUCUGACGCUUCCUUCAGAAUAGGAACGCCAAAAAGAAGGAAAACAAUAAUAUCAUCAUCGACAACAACAACUGAUUUCAGCAACGUUUCCGCAACAAAGACACGAUCGGCUCCGAGACGUCAAGCAUCCGAAAAGAAAAAGCGAUACGUUGAACAGCAAGAAGAGACAUCGGAUGACGAUGGAGAAUCUCUUCAUGAUGAAGAAUCACCUUCGAAUAGCGUUAGCGAGGACGAUGAAGAUCAGGCAGUCGAUAACAAGAAAUCAACAACAAAAAAACACAAAAAGAAUACACAUGCGGCACAUUCCUCAUCACGACAGCAAAAGAUAGUGAAGAAUCAGGCAAAGGGGGCUGGGGAAAAGUCCGUCAUAAAGAAAGACAUCAUUGAUGUUGACAACGGGGGCGACGAUUGGAGUGCUUCUGAUAGCUCGUUCGCUUCAGUAGGUGAUAAAGAUACAUCUGAAAGUAUUGUGCGGCGAACGCGUGCAAGACGAAUCACCAGGGUAACAAAACAGACUAGCUACAAGGAAAUCAACGAGUCCGAUUCAGAAGAAAACGACGAUGACGAUAACUCUGAAAGCGAGGAAAUGAAGAAGAAUUCUUCGUCAAAAGCAAAAGGUAGUGAUCCAGACAAAGAGCGUCAAGACAAGACAAAGAGGUGUUCGGCGUCGACAGCACCGCGAGGACGUCCAAAGUCCCAUAAAAAAAAUGCGUCUAGUGGGAAACGGAAGCCCAGUCCAUCUAGACUUAGAGCCGCAGCAUCUAGGUCGAAGAGGCAGAGCAUCCAGGAAACCACGAAUAGCAGCAAUGGCGUUGGUUCCAAUGGCGCAAAGCUCAUUACUCAAUCGCCCUCUUCGUUUUCGUCCCCUACUGUGGGUGCUAAGAGUCCCUUUAGGAGGCGCCAUAAAAAAUCAUCGCCCGCAAAGAAGGCGAGAAUAAAUGUCCUCGAUCUGACCGAAGACGACGCAUUUGAUUUUGGAUGAUCACUUCUUGGUGUAAUGUGCAGUAUCUUGAGGUAUGAUCUAAGCACUAUUAUUCUUUCCUGUGGUAGAUUUUGCUUUGUUUUUAGUUUGAUCUUUCCUGUGGAGUCUCUCGGUUCUAGCAAUGUCAUCUUGAACAUGUGCAGAAUGGAAUUGUCUAGGUUUCUAUAGUAGAAUCUUUACCUUUGAAUCCUCGACUUGAGUACCGAUUGAAUAUGCGGGCACUGGAGCUACUGAAGGCAAGCCCCGUACUGGCAAGUUAUUGGCAAUUCCCGUACAAAUGCUAUGAAACUUUAGUUCAUUUUUAUAGGUAAUACCUGUUAUAUUACCUAUUAAUGAAAUAAAAACAAGUUCAAAUUGUCAUUCAACUUCUGAAAAUAUUCUGGCCCAGAGAAAGGCUGAGGGCAACACCAGGAUCUUGUUCUUGUUGACUAUCAACAAGAUGCAUUCUGCAGCCAACACCAUCAACCUCAUCCUUGGAAGAAACACAGCACCAGGGGACACAUUUUUGCUUGAGUAUCAGACUUUUAGGGGGCAAUUCAGUUGAGUAUGGAACAACAAGACGAUCCGCAUGUCAGAUCUGAAUCAGAGCAGCUCCAACAAAAAGCAGCAAUAGUAGUAACCACAGCUCAAUAGUGAACA